AUGCUCGCCACGCUCCCCAUCCUCGCGCCCCGCCGGACCCCAUCGCGCGCGUCGCGUCGCGGAACCCCCGUCCUCGCCGCGCGAGGCACCCCCCGCGCUCGCCCCGAAGGUGACGACGCGCCUCGCCCGCGCGUAUCGCGCCAGACCUCGCGUCCAACCUUCCCGUUCAGCCGCGUGGUAAACCACGAGCCGGCCAAAGCCGCGCUGUUGCUCGCCGCCGUGGACCCGAACAUCGGCGGCGUGGCGCUCUUCGGUCGCAGGGGCACGUGCAAGACGGUGCUCGCGCGCGCCGUGCACGCGCUGCUCCCCGCGCUCGAGGAGGACGAGGAGGACGAGGAGGAGAAAAAGGAGACGGCGGGCGUCGAAGAGUCGGCGACCCACGCCCGCCCCAACCGCCCACCGCCCUUCGUCACCGUGCCCCUGUCAGCCACGGAGGACGCGGUCGUCGGCACGAUCGACGUCGAGGCGUCCGCGCGCGUCGGCGAGCCCGUGUACGAACCCGGCCUGCUCGCCAGGGCCGACCGCGGUGAGUUUAUUUUAAUAUUUGUACGGACAAUUAGACUGACGUGGUUUUUUUUUUGGUUUUUUUUUUGGUGA